AUGCAUAUUUGUCAAUUGUGCAUUUUACUUGCGGCGAUUUGGUUGUGCAGGUUCUAUCAUGAAGCAUCAACUAUGAUGAGGGACAUACCAAGCCUAUCCUUUCUGUGUGCUGCGAUCCAUCUGGAUAAACAAACAAUGUUAUUGUUAAUGGGAAAUAGCAGCAGCCCAUCAUUAGUGAAGAUUCAAAGGAAGCUAUGA